AUUUCGAGGAAAGACGAGAUGAACCGGUACACGGCACGCGAUUUUUGCGCAAGAAACACUCGCGGACUCGCAUCGCAACUUCGACUAUCAUCGACAGUACCACGUUCGCACCUCCGAUAGAAGCCACCGCGGUGCCAAAUCGACAAUGACGCGCCACUGUUCUUUCGUUCUCUCGAUUCUGGCUCUCUCGAUCGCCGGUUGCGUGUUGGCCGUCCAGGCUGAAACGAGCUCCCUGCGAAGAGAGUUUUACGGGCCGAGCAAACCGGAAUUCCUCGUCGAGUACCUGGAAGGUCACGGUUCGCCGCAGGAGAAUGCGGCGCAGGACGAACGAUAUCGGUCGGUUCGACCGAGCAACGUCGAACGCCGGUUGUUUAGCAGGGGAUCGAUCCUUCCAGGAAAAGGUCGGUGGUACGUGCACGAAGGAAAGGCCGAAGACGAUCGAUUCUCGCGGAACCUGGAUCAGAUCGGUGGCGGCAACCUGUUGCGCAGGGGACUGGUGGUCGAGCGAGAGGGCUCGUACGACAGCUCCCGUCGCUGGUUGCCAUCGCGGAGAAAUCUCGAUCAAAUAGGAGGCGGAAAUUUGCUUCGAGAGGCGGACUAUCGCGGCGAACGCAACUUGGACAGCAUCGGUGGAGGGAAUCUCGUUCGCGGGCUGGGCGGCACGGCCGAUCAUCUUCGUAGGAAUUUGGAUCAGAUCGGCGGAGGAAAUUUGGUGCGCGAUGUGCCCGACGACGGGUCUCGAGAGCCGGCCGAGACUCGCGCGACGACCAGGACGACCCAGCGGACGACCGUCCGCGACGCCAGCAAAUCGAUCGCGCUCUCUCCGAUCGAUAGACAACUGCUCGAGCGGUUCGUCAAGCGAAACAUCGACGAGAUCGACCGCACGGCAUUCGACAAUUUCUUCAAGCGAAACCUCGACGAGAUAGAUCGCGUCGGCUGGAGCGGAUUCGUCAAGAGACUCGCAGACGACGUGGUCACCGGCGACGGCAGGACGAACGUGCUGGCACAGCGCGGCUGAAACAAAUUCCACGCGUUGGAAAACAUCGAACCA